UAUUCUAAGCAUAUGUAGUCCAACACCGUAUGUUAUUUAAACCAGGACUGUACUAGAACUGAAGUAAGCUGCACAUUAUUAUAACACACAAAUAGCCAAAGUAGCCUACUGUUCUACGCAAUCGUCCAUGAGAAACCAGCACUGUCGGAAGGGGCCAAGCCUUAAUUUUUUUUUUUUAACUCAGCAAGGCAUUUUAACGACGCUUCGUGCCUUUAAGCUACCUCCACUGGUGCAAUAUAUACCACGAGCGUUCUGUGCUAGUAGACUGAUUCAACCUCUGAACACUGCAAACAGGCAAACCAGGUCCUCUAAUACCAGCCAACAUGGACUGCAACCGAGGUGACGGUGUUUGCAAACCAGAAACAACAGACCCCAAGCCAACUGGAGAUAGAGGUGAUGGGCCUGACGACUUGAAACCAGGAAGGACCAUUGCCUUCACUGCAAAGCUGGACAUUUGCAACAGCUAUCCAACCCACAAGGGGCCCCUGAGGUUCACAAACGUGCUGGUGAACGAGGGAGGCGGCUACAGACCCGAAACAGGUGUCUUCACUUGCCCAGUGCCCGGCUUUUACAGUUUCACUGUGCAUGUGUCCACCUAUGGGCGCGCACAAUUUAUGAUCAACAAGAAUGGCCAGAAUGUGGUCUCAGCUUAUCACAGCACCUUAUGUGAUAGGAAGAGCCAAAUGGCCAGUAUCAGCAGCGUCAUUGAGCUGUCAGAGAGUGACAUGGUGUGGGUGGAGCUGUGGGGAUCACCCCGAAAUGACAUCUUUGCCUCUCAAGACAACGACACCGUCUUCUUGGGGUUCCGUCUUGGGUAGCAUCAAAAUGCUAAAAAAAAUAAUAAAAUAAAUAAAAAUGUUAAUUAUGAUCAUAAUUUGGAAUCUGUAUCUUGGAAUUCCCCCUCAUAUCCCUUGUGUAACAAGUUCAUCCAUAAGAAGCCUGAGUUGAUCAUUUGAAUGUCUGGCAGCAAUAUUUCUGAACUCUUCACUCACUUAUGUUGCAGUAGUUAAGUGUUAUGAAAGUACUUUGAUGUUAAUCCACAUUCACUCCUCCUGAUGUUUCCCAUUGCUUGAUAUGUUACUGACACUUUCAGCAGGACAGAAGUAGCAUGGUGUUCAUCAGAUUGUUAAAGAACUCCUCUGUCCACUUUGAACUGAUCCAUUCAGCAUUUUAUUUCUGUUCUGUAAUAAAAAUUCUGUUUUUGUCACCUGUACCCAUUUAUGGAAACCUAAUGAUUUGUUUUUUGCUUUUGACUGUGUAGGUUAUGUUGCACUAGUCUUGAUUCUUUUGAAUAAAUUCACAUUUUGAAA